AUGGGCCCGUGGGCAGGCAUGCGGACAGUUCUUCGCCUGGCCCUCCUGCUCCUUCAGCUUCUGCCCUGUUGUUGCCAAGGCCUGCAGGAGCCCGGAGCCAUCCCCCGCCUCCUCUUCACCCACUCUCUCUACAACGCCUCCGUUUACGAGAACUCCGCUGCACGAACCUAUGCCAACAGUAAAAUUAAAAUGGGGAUUACUCUCGUCCACCGCUCCUGGGACAUCAAGUACAGAAUCACUUCAGGCGACGAGGAGGGAUUCUUCAAAGCGGAGGAGUACGUCCUGGGAGACUUCUGCUUUUUGCGCAUUAGGACUAAAGGUGGGAACUCCGCCAUCUUGAACCGGGAGAUACAGGAUAGUUACAUGCUGACUGUGAAGGCCAUCGUGAAGGGCGACGUCUUGGAAACGUGGACAAAGGUCAACGUCCGGGUGCUGGACAUGAACGACCUGCGACCGCUGUUUUCGCCCACCACCUACUCCGUCGCCAUUCCUGAGAGCACGCUGAUGAGGACUAGCAUAGCGCAGGUCACGGCGACCGACGCGGACAUCGGUUCCAACGGGGAGUUCUACUACUUCUUCAAAGAGAAAGUGGAGCUCUUCACCGUCCACCCCACCAGCGGCGUCAUCUCCCUGAGCGGCAGGCUGAACACGGACGAGCAGAGCAGGUACGACCUGGAGAUUCUGGCUGUCGACCGUGGGAUGAAGCUCUACGGGAACAACGGCGUGAGCAGCACUGCGAAGCUCUUCAUUCACGUGGAGCGGAUUAAUGAGUACGCGCCGGUCCUGCGCGUGGUGACGCACGUCCCCUCUUCUCUGGAUAAAGAUCCCAUCUAUGCUGUGAUCACCACUGAGGACCUGGACGAGGGUUUAAACGGAGAAAUCGAGUCCGUUUCCAUUGUAGCCGGGGAUGCCUUGGAACAGUUUACCCUUGAUAGGUCAGCGGUUGGCAAUGAGUUUUGGAUUAAGGCGCCUGAGCCAAUAGAUUGGGAUAAUUUUCCGUAUGGCUUCAACCUCACCCUCCAGGCUAAGGACAGGGGCUCCCCUCAGAAGUUUUCCGCAGUGAGGGUGGCCCAUUUGUUGGUAAAAAGGCCCCAGCCAGUGGAAGUGAAAUUUGAAAAGGAGGUUUAUGAGGUUACGCUAAAUGAGAUUUCGCCUCCUGGCACCAUUGUACAGGCAGUGAAAAUAUCUCCUGAACCGGAUGAUGCGGAAUACAUUCUCAGUCCCACAGCAGAUUCAGCAUAUUUCAAGAUGAACACCUUUACUGGGGUUAUCGCAACAGCUCGCCAGUUUACCAUGGUAAACCAAGAGGUGUUUGAGCUCGAGGUAGUCGAGGUAGACAGUGAGCUGAGGGUGAAAGUACGAGUCACCAUCGAGGAUGCGAAUGACAACACCCCCACCUUUGCUCAGGUUAAUUACGAGGUGUUUGUCAAUGAAAGCAUUCCCAUUGGAACUAACGUCCUCACUGUAUCCGCGAUAGACGACGAUAAAGGUGAGAAUGGAUACAUAACGUACAGUAUAGCCAGCCUCCAGCCACUACCAUUCAAAAUAAACCAGUUUUCCGGUGUUAUAAGUACAACGAAAGAGCUUGACUUUGAAUCCUCGUCCGAGAGUUACGUUUUCGUCGUCAGGGCGUCCGACUGGGGCGCGCCGUACAGGCGUGAGAACGAAGUCAACGUCACGGUUCACUUGGAGAAUGUGAAUGACAACCAGCCAUUGUUUGAGAAAAUAGCUUGUCAAGGCGUGAUCUCUCGCGAUUUCCCCGUUGGCGAGGUCAUCACCACGAUGUCAGCCAUAGACAUAGACGAGUUGGAACUGGUUAAGUAUAAGAUCCUGUCUGGGAAUGAGAGGGGCUUCUUUGAUCUGAACCCCGACUCUGGGGUUCUGUCUCUAAAGAGGUCUUUGGCUACUGCCAAUCCAAAAAAUGGAGUCUUCAGUUUGAAAAUAACUGCCACAGACGGGGAGAAUUUUUCAGAUGCCAUGUUUGUUAAUGUUUCUGUCGUACAUGGAAAAACAACUUCGAAGAGCUUCAACUGCAAGGAAACCAGAGUUGCUCAAAGGUUAGCAGAAAAGCUGCUUAAAAAAGCCAAAGCUAACAGUAAGCCCAAACUGGAGGAAGGGUUUAUAGAUCUGUUUUCAGUUAAUAGACAGACCCCACAGUUUGAUAAAUCCUUUCCCUCUGACAUAUCAGUGCGUGAGGAUCUCAGUGUUGGCUCGAGCGUCUUCAAUGUAAAGGCGUAUGAUGGAGACACGGGAUUCAAUGGUCAAAUUUUGUACGUAAUUUCAGAUGGCAACAAAGAUAGCUGUUUCAACAUUGACUUGGAAAGUGGUCUAAUAACAGUGUUUUUACCAAUGGACCGUGAGAAAACCGAUAGGUAUCUACUCAAUAUCACUCUCUAUGAUCUGGGUCAACCACAGAAAUCCAACUGGCGGCUGUUGACGGUAUACGUGGAGGAUGCCAAUGAUAACACUCCACAGUUUUUGCAGGAAAGCUACAAGACUGUGAUCCCCGAAAACACUGCCAUUGGCACAGAGGUAAUUCAGGUGGAGGCUACGGACAAAGACCUGGGACGCAACGGUGAGAUUUACUACACCAUACUGACAAGCACAACUCAGUUUGGGAUCAACAGCACAAAUGGGAUUGUUUACGUUGCGGGUCAGCUGGACAGGGAGUUCAUCUCAACCUUCAGCCUUAAAAUUGAGGCGCGCGACAAGGCUGAGAAAGGGAGCCAGAAGUUUUCCGUCACCACGCUGAGGAUUUCUCUGGAGGAUGUCAACGACUGCCCCCCUACCUUCAUCCCGAGUUUCUACAACGCCCGUGCCCUGGAGGAUUUGCCUGUUGGCACCGUCAUCGCCUGGCUGGAAACCCAGGACCCAGAUCUGGGAUUGGGCGGCCAGGUGAGAUAUUCCCUGGCGAACGACUACAAUGGGAAGUUUGAAGUGGACAAAGUCAGCGGGGUGAUCAGGCUGACCAAAGAGCUUGACUACGAGAAGCAGCAGCUCUACAACCUGACUGUGCGCGCCAAGGACAAGGGAAGGCCCGUAUCCCUCCUCUCCGUCUCCUUCGUGGAGGUGGAGGUGGUGGACGUCAACGAGAACUUGUACUCCCCCUACUUCUCGGACUUCGCCCUGACCGGCUUUGUGAAGGAGAACGCGCGGAUAGGGACCAGCGUGCUCCAGGUCACCGCCAGGGACGACGACACCGGAAGAGACGGAGACAUCCAGUAUUCCAUUCGCGACGGGAGCGGCCUGGGCAGGUUCUCCAUCGACGAAGAGACCGGUAUCAUCUACACCACGGACAUACUGGACCGCGAGACCAAAGACUCUUACUGGCUGACCAUCUACGCCACCGACCGCGGCGUGGUGCCCCUUUUCACCGCCAUCGAGAUCUACAUCCAGGUGGAGGACGUGAACGACAACGCGCCCCUGACCUCCGAACCCGUCUACCACCCCUCCGUCGUGGAGAACUCGCCCAAGGACGUGUCCGUCAUCCAGAUCCAGGCCCAGGACCCCGACGCCACGUCCCACGGGGAACGCCUGUCCUUUCGGAUAUCCAGCGGGAACCCGCAGAACUUCUUCGCCAUCAACUCGAAGACGGGUCUUAUAACCACGACUUCAAGGAAACUGGAUCGUGAGCAGCAAGCAGAGCAUGUGUUGGAGGUGACGGUGAUGGAUGGAGGCCCCUCCCCCAGGCAGUCCACGGUCUGGGUGAUCAUCCACGUCCUGGAUGAGAACGAUAACAAGCCGCAGUUCCCGGAGAAGGUGUACCAGAUCAAGCUCCCGGAGCGCGAGAGGCGGAAGAAAGGAGAGCCCAUCUACCGGGUGUUCGCCUACGACAAGGACGAGGGCCCCAACUCCGACCUCUCCUACAGCGUCGUGGACGGGAACGAGGACGGGAAGUUCUUCAUCGACCCCAAGACCGCCGUGGUGUCCUCCAGGAAGCAGUUCACCGCCGGGAGCUACGACAUCCUGACUAUCAAGGCCACGGAUAACGGACGGCCCCAGAAGUCGUCCACCGCGCGGCUGCACAUAGAGUGGAUCCGCAAGCCUGCGCCCUCGCCGCUGCCCCUGGUGUUCGACGAGCCGUACUACAACUUCACCGUCAUGGAGCACGACAAGGUGGCGGAGAUCGUGGGCGUGGUCUCCAUGCAGCAGACGUCCACGCCUCUGUGGUUCGACAUCGCCGGCGGGAACUACGACAGCAUGUUCGACAUCGAGAAAGGAGUGGGCACCAUCGUCAUAGCGAAGCCCCUGGACGCCGAACACCGGUCCUUCUACAACAUGACCGUGGAGGUGACGGACGGCACCAACAGCGCCUCCACUCAGGUCUAUGUCACCGUGCUGGACAACAACGACAACGGGCCCGUCUUCUCCCAGCCCACGUAUGACGUCACCAUCUCGGAGGACACGCCCGCGGACACGGAGGUGGUGCAGGUGCUGGCCAGCGACCGGGACGAGAAGCACAAGCUGAGCUACUCCGUCCACAGCAGCAUCGACCCCGCCAGCAUGCGCACGUUCCGCAUCGACCCCGCGACCGGGACCGUGUACACCACCGAGCGGCUGGACCACGAGGCCCGGACCCAGCACAUCCUCACGGUCAUGGUGAAGGACCAGGAGUUCCCGUACCGCAGGAACCUGGCGCGGGUCUUGGUGGACGUGGAGGACUCAAAUGACCACGCGCCCUACUUCACCAGCGCGCUGUACGAGGGCUCGGUGUACGAGUCAGCCGCCCUCGGCACCGCCGUCCUCCAGGUCACUGCGCUAGACAAGGACAAAGGGGAGAACGCUGAGCUCCUGUACGCCAUCGAAGCAGGAAACACUGGGAACAUGUUCCGGAUAGAACCAGUCUUGGGUAUUAUUUCUGUUUCCCGGGAACUGGACCUCACAACUAUUGGCCAUUACGUCAUCACCGUCAGAGUGUUGGACAAUGGCUCCCCGCCCAUGGGCGCGACCACUGUGGUGCGGAUCUCCGUCACGCUGUCUGACAACGCCGGCCCCAAGUUCCCUCAGAGAGAGUACCAGGCGGAAGUCAACGAGAAUGUGGCGGAAGGCACCUCCGUCAUCAUGAUCAGCGCCUUGAGUCAGUCCACCCUUAUCUAUGACAUUAAGCAGGGGAAUGGGGAGCGAACCUUCAAGAUUAACCAGUACUCAGGGGUGGUCACAACCCAGAGACCUCUGGACUAUGAGGCAACCACCUCAUACGUGCUGACCGUCCAGGCUUCCAACAUGGCAGGAAUGGCUUCAAACGUCUCCGUCAAUAUUCAGGUGGUAGAUGAGAAUGACAAUCCCCCAAUAUUUCAGCAACUACAGUACAGUGGCAGCAUUACUGAGGCUGCUCCGAUCAACAGUGUGGUGCUAAGCGCGAACAAUAGCCCCUUGGUUAUAAAGGCAACCGAUGCUGACAGGAACCAGAAUGCUCUCCUAGUGUAUCAGAUUGUGGAGGACACGGCCAAGAUGUUUUUCACUGUGGACUCAAGUUCAGGAUCUAUAAGAACCAUUGCAAACCUAGACCAUGAAACCAUUGCCAAAUUCAAUUUCCACGUGCACGUGCGAGAUAGUGGCAAACCGCAGCUGACGGCCGAAAGCCCCACGGAGGUCACCAUCCAGGUCAUCGACACUAACGAUUCCCCGCCCAGGUUUUCCACGGACGCUUACGAAACCGUCCUGCUGCUUCCCACGUAUGCCGGAGUGGAGGUUCUGAAAGUCUCUGCCACCGAUCCAGACCUCAACGUGCCAACGGAACUGACCUACGCACUGACGGACGGAAACCUGGAGCACUUCACCAUGGAGCCCACAACCGGCAUCCUCACCGUGAAGAACAACAACUUCUCCAAGGACCGCUUUCGUUUCAACGUGAAGGUCUCAGACGGGAAGUUCUCCAGCACGGCGCUGAUAACGGUGUUAGUCAAAGAGGCCAUGGAUAGCGGCCUUUCCUUUGCACACAGCCUGUACUCCACCUCUAUACAGGAGAACGUCACCAACAUCACCAAGGUGGCGGUGGUCAAUGCCAUAGGCAACCGCCUCAAUGAGCCCCUGAAGUACAGCCUGCUGAACGCGGGGACGAGGUUCGAGAUCAAACCUACCUCCGGUGUGAUCCAAACUACGGGAAUGGCCUUCGACCGAGAGGAGCGGGAGUUUUACGAGCUUGUGGUGGAGGCGAGCCGGGAGUACGACCACCUGCGGGUGGCCAGAGUGAUGGUGAAGGUCCAGGUGGAGGACAUCAACGACAAUGCCCCUGUGUUUGUCGGCCUCCCCUAUUAUGCAGCCGUGCAAGUCGAGGCUGAGCCCGGGUCCCCCAUAUUUAGGGUCACGGCUGUGGACCGGGACAAGGGGAUCAACGGGGAGGUGUCCUAUUUUUUAAAGGAUGACCACGGCCAUUUUGAGAUCAACAGGCUAACGGGCGACCUGCAUCUGAAAAAGGCCUUUGAGUCUGACUUGUCCAACGUGGAGUAUGAGGUGGUCGUUUAUGCCAGAGACGGGGGAUAUCCACCGCUAUCCACCACUGUAGAGUUUCCCAUUACUGUUGUGAACAAAGCCAUGCCAGUUUUUGACAAAUCCUUCUAUGCCGUGUCUGUUAAUGAGGAUGUUGCUGUCCACACCCCUAUUUUGGGAAUAAAUGCUACAAGUCCCGAGGGCCAAAAUAUUAUAUACACUAUUGUAGACGGGGACCCGGCACUGCAGUUUAACAUUGGGUUUGACACAGGAGUCAUAAGUGUCAUUCAUUCCUUAGACUAUGAAGUCAGCCCUUCGUAUAGACUUAUCAUCAGGGCAACGGACUAUCUCACUGGGGCAAGAGCGGAGGUAGAUGUGGACAUAACCAUUCUGGAUGUGAACGACAACGCUCCGGUCUUUGAAAAAACCGUCUACAAAGCCAUUCUUUCCGAAACGUCCAUGAUUGGCACCCCGGCCCUUCAGGUAGUGGCAACCGAUAAGGAUUCGGAAAAGAACAAUGUGAUACGCUAUCAAAUCUUCUCCAAUGUAUACAACAGCACGGACUAUUUCCACAUCGACAGCAGCAGUGGGCUCAUUCUGACGGCGCGCAUGCUCGACCACGAGCUGAUACAGCGGUACGGCUUCAUCGUCAGGGCGACGGAUAACGGGUUUCCUCCCUUGAGCAGCGAGGUCUCCGUCACGGUCAUCGUGAACGAUAUGAACGACAACCCUCCCGUGUUCAACCAGCUGCUGUACGAGGCGUACGUUAGCGAACUUGCGCCGAAGGGCCACUUCGUGACCUGCGUCCAGGCGUCCGACGCGGACAGCUCUGACUUUGACAAGCUGGAAUACAGCAUCCUGUCAGGGAACGAGAGGAUGAACUUUGCCAUGGACAGCGGCACGGGGAUCAUUACCCUGUCUAGUCAUCGAAAGCAGAGGCUGGACCCCGUGUACAGUCUCAACGUUUCGGUGUCAGACGGGGUCUUCACCAGCACGGCUCAGGUACACAUCAGGGUCCUGGGGGCAAACCUUUACAGCCCCGUCUUUGCCCAGAAUAUCUACGUGGCAGAGUUGCGGGAGAAUGCCGCUUUAGGCACCAAGGUGGUCCAGGUAAAAGCUACUGAUUUGGACUCCGGACCGUUUGGCCAGUUUACGUACUCCUUCAUCAACGACGUGGGAAAGGACCAGUUCAGCAUCGACGCCAACGGCCAGAUCUCGACCUUGGAGAAGUUGGACAGGGAAAACCCAGAAAAUAAGAACAUUGUCCUCACAGUGAUGGCUCUGGAUGGGGGUGGCAGAGCCUCCUAUUGUGCAGUUAGGGUGAUUUUGGUGGACGAGAAUGAUAACGCGCCCCGCUUCAGAGCAGUAGAGUACAGGGCUAGUGUAAAAUCAGAUGUGGGCAAGGGGUACUUAGUCACUCAGAUCCAGGCCUACGAUCCAGACGACGGUGCCAAUGCUAAGGUGUCCUACUCACUGUACAGUGAAGCCCAUGUCCCUGUUGUGGACAUCCUGGAGAUAGAUCCAGACAAUGGAUGGAUGGUCACCAAAGGUAGCUUCAGCCAUCUAAAAAGCUCCAUACUCUCCUUUUUUGUGAAAGCUGUUGACGGAGGGAUUCCCAUGAAGCAUUCCCUGGUGUCAGUGUACAUCCAUGUCCUGAACCCGGAGAAUCUCAUCCCCACCUUCAGCCAGCCUCAGUACUCCUUCACCGUCCCUGAAGACACGCCCAUAGGGGCAGCCCUUGGCUCUGUUAACCUGGUACCUGGCCACGCUGCCAUUUUUAGCAUCGUCAAUGGGGAGACCGGGGAGAACAAUCAGGAUGGCGUGCUCAUUGUGGAAAAGGAGACCGGCGUCAUCAAGCUGGACAAGCCCCUGGACCACGAGGUCAUCGACACCUUCCACUUCAAAGUGUCUGCCACCAUGCAGCAGGCACGCAUAGACUCCGUGUCCACUGUGGACGUCGAGGUGAAGGUCCUCGAUUUGAAUGACAACAAGCCGGCUUUCGAAUCCACUUCCUACGAGGCAACGGUAAUGGAGGGGAUGCCUGUUGGUACAAGAAUAAUACAGGUGCAGGCACUAGACCCAGAUUCGGGUGCCAACGGGCAAGUUACGUAUAGCAUUUCCCCCCCGUCGAAUAUGGAAACGGACCGGUCUGCUACCACCUUCACCAUUGACAGUAACACGGGUUGGAUCACCACGCUCAAGGACUUGGACUACGAGACUUCCCCGUCCUACGCCUUUGGCGUCGUCGCGUCUGACCUGGGAGAGACCGUCUCCCUGUCCUCCACCGUCACGGUGUCCGUCGUCGUCAUCGACAUCAACGACAACCCGCCCAACUUCGUGGAGGACCACUACCGGGGGGCGGUGCGGGAGAGCGACCCCCCAGGCGAGGUGGUGGCCGUGCUGAACACCAGAGACCAGGACAGCUCCGACAUCAACCGCCAAGUCAGCUACCAUAUCACAGGAGGGAACCCCAGAGGAGUAUUUGCUCUGGGCCUGGUCCAGGGCGAGUGGAAGAUGUACGUGAAGAGGCCUCUGGACCGGGAGGAGCAGGACCUGUACCUGCUCAACAUCACGGCCAGCGACGGGCUCUUCGUCACCAGGGCCGUGGUGGAGGUCACCGUGAAGGACACCAACGACAACCGGCCAGUGUGCGAGCAGGCGCUCUACACGGCUUCGUUCCCUGAGGACAUCCCCACGAAUAGAGUCAUUCUGACUGUGGGGGCGACGGACGCAGACAUGGGGUCCAGUGCGGCCAUCCAGUACUCUCUGUCCGGCCCUGGAGCCGAGGACUUCUACAUGGACGUGGACACCGGCGAGCUGAAGACGGCUUCGGUCCUGGACCGUGAGCAGACCCCCAGGUACCGGCUGGUUGCCCAGGCGACGGACGGAGGAGGGCUGUUCUGCCGGGCCGAGGUGGCGCUGGACCUGUUGGACGUCAACGACAACCCCCCGGCGUUCUCCGCCCCCCACUACACCGCCAGCGUGCACGAGAACACCGGCACCAAGGCCCUGCUCACCCGCCUGCAGGCUAACGACCCUGACGAAGGUGUCAACCGCAAGGUGGUCUACUCCCUGGCGGACUCCGCCGAUGGCUUCUUCUCCAUCGACAAGUCCUCGGGCAUCGUGGUCCUGGAGAAGCUUCUGGACCGGGAGCUGCAGUCCUCCUACAACGUCACGGUGCGGGCCACUGACCAGGGCACGGGGGUGCAGCUCUCCUCCCUGGUCAACGUCACCAUCACCGUGCUGGACAUCAACGACAACCCGCCCGUGUUCGAGCGGCGGGACUACCUGGCCACGGUGCCGGAGGACGUGUCCCUGGGCGUGGAGGUGCUGCGCGUCUACGCCGCCAGCAAGGACAUCGGCACCAACGCCGAGAUCUCCUACAGCAUCCGCUCGGGCAACGAGCGCGGGAAGUUCCAGAUCGACGCACCUUCUCUCGUUGGCCCUCCUGAAACAGGCACCAUCACGGUCUCCAAGGUGCUGGACUUCGAGACGUGCAGGGACUAUUUUCUGACGGUGGAGGCCCGGGACGGGGGCACGCCGCCCCUCAGUGCCGUGACCACGGUCAACAUCAACCUCACCGACGUCAACGACAACGCGCCCAUGUUCAGCCGGGACGCGUACUCCUCCGUCAUCAGCGAGGACGCCGUCAUUGGGGAGUCUGUCGUGCAGCUGACAGCAGAGGACUCGGACAGCCAGGGCAACGGGCAGAUCCUCUACUCCAUCGUGAGCGGGGACCGUGAGAACCAGUUCUUCAUUGAUCCAAUCACAGGGCUAAUGAAGGUCAAUAAAGAGUUGGACAGAGAGACGGUGUCUACCUACUCCCUGGCUGUCAGGGCGUUGGACAGCGGAUCCCCUCCCAUGUCGUCCACGGUGAUGGUCAGCAUUGAUAUCUCAGACAUCAACGACAACCCGCCCACCUUCACCCCGGCCAAUUACACCGCCGUUAUUCAGGAGAACAAGCCCGUGGGCACCAGCAUCCUUCAGCUGUCCGUCACAGACAAAGACUCCUCCCACAACGGCCCGCCCUUCGAGUUCCACAUCCUGUCGGGGAACGAGGGCGGGGAGUUCACGCUGGACCAGAGCGGCGUGCUGGCGUCCAACCAGCUCUUCAGGCAGGACGCGGCCACGGAGUACGUCGUCCAGAUCCAGGCGCGGGACGCGGGAAAGCCGCGCCUGGCGUCGGUGACGUCCGUGCUGGUGCGCGUGAUCGAGGAGAGCCUCCACCAGCCGGCGGCCUCGCCCCUGGAGAUCCACAUCGUCACCAUGGAGGACGAGUUCCCCGGCGGCGUGAUCGGCCAGGUGCACGCCAGCGACCAGGACGCCUACGACGUGCUGACCUUCAGCCACAGGUACCAGCAGAAGAGCCUGUUCAAGAUCGGCCGGCAGGACGGCAAGAUCAUGGCGCUGGGCGGGCUGGACGCGGGCCGGUACCAGCUGAACGUGACGGUGAGCGACGGGCGCUUCGCCGUGGCGGUGGACGUGACGGUGCAGGUGGAGCAGGCCACGGCCGAGAUGCUGCAGAACGCGGUGACCGUGCGCUUCGAGAGCGUCACCCCGCAGGACUUCGUCAGCCUGCACCUGCGGGAGUUCCAGCGCGCGCUGAGGGCCGCGGCCGCCCCCCGCACGCAGGACGUCCUGCACCUGCUCAGCGUGCAGCCCGUGCCCGGCACGCCCCAGCUGGACCUGCUGUUCGCCGUGCAGACGGCGGGGGGCGGCUUCUACAAGGCCGCCUACCUCACGCAGAAGCUCAGCGCCUCCAGGAGGCAUCUGGAGAGCCUGCUGCGCAUCUCCGCCGUCCUGGACAAGAACUGCUCGGGCCUGGACUGCCAGGACCAGCUGUGUGAGCAGACCAUCGUGCUGGACUCCCACGCCCUGCUCACCUACAGCACGCCCAGCAUCAGCUUCGUCUCGCCGCGGUUCCACAGGAACACGCGCUGCACCUGCAAUGGUGCUAACUGCCCGAGCUCCUCCGAGCUCUGUGAGAACCAGCCGUGCCCAGGAGACAUGCAGUGCGUGGCCACCGGGGGCGCUCAAGGACCCUACGCCUGCCAGUGUCCCCCAGGCAAGCUGGGGGAGUGUGCGGGUCACACCUCUCUCAGCUUCGCGGGGAACAGCUACAUUAAGUACCGCGUGUCUGACAGCAGCCGCACCGGCGAGAUGAAGCUGGGCCUCAGGAUCAGGACCUUACAGAGCCGCGGAAUCAUUAUGUACACGCGCGCAGACCCCUGCACCAUCCUGAAGAUUGAGGAGGGCAAGCUGUGGUUCCAGCUGGACUGUGGCAACAGCCCAGGAAUUCUGGGCAUUUCUGGGAGGCCCAUCAAUGACGGCAACUGGCACAGCGUGUCCUUGGAGCUGAAUCGGAACUACACCAGCCUGUCGCUGGACGACAGCUACGUGGAGCGCCGCCGCGCCCCCCUCCUCUUCCAGCCCCUGGGGCCGGACGGCUCCAUCUACUUCGGCGCGCAGGUCCAGCUCCAGCCCCCCAGCGCCCGCGGCCUGACGGACCAGAAGGGCCCGCGGGUGCUGGACGGCUUUCAGGGCUGCCUGGACUCGGUGGUGCUGAACAACAACGAGCUGCCGCUGCAGAACAAGCGCAGCCGCUACGCCGAGGUGGUGGGCCUGACGGAGCUGAAGCUGGGCUGCGUGCUCUACCCCGACGCCUGCGAGAAGGGGCCCUGCCUCAACGCCGGCAGCUGUACCAGCCUGCCCUCCGGUGGUUUUGAGUGCAGUUGCACCUCACAGUUCACCGGGGGGCGCUGUGAGACUGAGAUCACAGCCUGUGUUCCCAACCCCUGCCAAAACGCCGGGAUCUGCAAACCCAUCGGCAACGCCUUCCUCUGCAGCUGUCGCCGCGGAUACUCUGGCCUCACGUGCGGGGAGGACGUGAACGAGUGCGAGCGGGAGGAGUGUGAGAACGGAGGCGUGUGCGUGAACACGUUCGGCGCGUUCUACUGCAACUGCACGGCGGGCUACGUGGGGCAGCGCUGCGGCCUGCGGCCCGUGGUGGUGCCCAACAUGCAGGCCGGCCACUCCUACGUGGGCAAGGAGGAGCUGAUCGGCAUCGCCGUGGUGCUGUUCGUCAUCUUCGUCCUCAUCGUCCUCUUCGUCGCCUUCCGCAAGAAGGUGUUCCACAAGAGCUACUCGCGGAACAACAUCACGCUGGUGCAGGACCCCGCCACGGCGGCCCUGCUCAACAAGGCCAACGGCGUCCAGUUCAAGAGCCUGCGUGGCGGGGGGGGGGACCCCUGCAACCUGUACUCGGAGGCCGGGGGGCCCCCGCAGGUGCCCGUGCGCCCCAUGGCCUACACGCCCUGCUUCCAGAGCGACUCCCGCGGCAACCUGGACAAGAUGGUGGACGGGCUGGGCGCGGAGCACACGGAGAUGACCACCUUCCACCCGGAGUCGCCCCGCAUCCUGACCACGCGCCGGGGCGUGGUGGUGUGCAGCGUGGCCCCCAACCUGCCCCCCGUCUCGCCCUGCCGCUCCGACUGCGACUCCAUCCGCAAGAGCCCCUGGGACAGCGACGACGGUAAAGUCGUGGACAUGGUGGAGGAGGUCACGUGUUUCUCAGGCAGCAACAAGGGCAGCAACUCGGAGGUGCAGUCGCUCAGCUCCUUCCAGUCUGACUCCUGCGAUGACAACGCGUACCACUGGGACACGUCGGACUGGAUGCCCAGCUCGCGGCUGCCGGACAUCGAGGAGGUGCCCAGCUACGAGGCGGGGGACGGCUCCUCCUCCGCCCGCCUGGGCGGGAGCACCCGGGAGCUGGAGACGGACUACUACCUGGGCGGGUACGACAUCGACAGCGACUUCCCGCCGCCGCAGGAGGACGAGUUCCUGAGCCAGGACCAGCUGCCCCCGCCCCUGCCGGAGGAGUACCGGGAGCACUACGAGACGCUGCCCGCCACUCAGCCCGUCUCCGUGGAGAGCACCCUGAGUGGCGGCGGCCGGGCCCGCCCCCACUUCCACCCCAGCCAGUACCUGCCCCCGCACCAGUUCCCGGGGGAGGGCCAGUGCGGCGGGGAGGAGUUCAGCACUUUCGCCCUGGGCCCCGGGAGCCACCUGGAGGCGGACAACCUGGACAGCGUGUCCAUGCGCCUGUCCGCCAACGCCUCCUCCUCCGACGUGUCCGCGCCCUGCGGCUUCGACGACUCCGAGGCGGGCACCAGCGACCUGGACAGCGUGGACGAGCUGCACUUCGAGGGCGCCCGCCCGCCCUUCGUGGAGACGCAGCAGCAGACGCAGGUCUGA